UGUAGUGAUAUAAGGGAUGAAGCGAUGUAAGGAAUGUAGGGGCGGAAAGAAUGUAUGGAUGAAAAGAAUGCAGAGAUGUAAGGGAUGCAGAGAUGUUAGGAAUACUGAGAUGUAUGGGUUGCUGGGAUGUAAGGAAUGCAGAGAUAUAGUGGAAUCAGAGAUGUAAGGGAUGCAGAGAUGUUAGGAAUACUGAGAUGUAUGGGUUGCUGGGAUGUAAGGAAUGCAGAGAUAUAGUGGAAUCAGAGAUGUAAAGGGUGCAGACGGAAGUAAUAAAAUCAACACGUUCGUCCUCCUAAGGAGUUUAUUCAAUAAGUUAAGAACAUAAUUACAGCAAAUUAAAUGAACGCAGAAAAUAAAAUAAGGGUAUAUUUCGGCUAGCUUCAUGUAGGUCCGUGGGCCCGUGGGGUUGGUGUCUGAGACCCCAUAAAACAUGACUCCUCGAAAACAAAGGCAUGUCCAGUCUUUCGCAUUUGUAGUCACUGCUGAGCGUACUAUAUAGAUAACAUUUCUGCUGACUGAGCCGGCAAUUAUCAGAUAUAAAAUCAAGGCAGAACAAACAUCUACUAAACGUCUAAACACCAUUAAACAAUUCAGACGUUUGUUUUGUGACAAAAUGGAUGAUAACCGGCAUUAUAACAAUCCGUUUGAAGAUUAUCCCAAUCCUUCCGCAAAUUCCAUUGUGAAUGCUUCUACAAAUGAGGUUAAUGAAAAUUAUAAAGAAACCCUACGAAUGCAUACAAAGAGAUUAUUGGACGAAUUGAAAGAAAAGAGGCAUAAUUGGACGUACAAUGAUGAUUGUUCUGUAUACACUGGAACAGCAGGGAUUGCAUACAUGUAUUAUCAAUAUGGGAAAUGCUUCAAUCAACCUGCUUAUAUUGAACAAGCUACAGAAUGGUUAAGAAUAUGUGUAAGUAAAUUCAGAGGAAGAAGAGAAGUUACAUUCUUAACUGGUAGUGUGGGUCCGCAAGCUUUAAGUGCAGUAGUUCUUCAUUCUCAAGGCCAUAAAGAAGAAGCACUUAAUAUGAUUUCAAAAGUAAAAUCAGUAUCUGCUUAUGUUCUGGAUGAAUGUAGCGAUUUGCCUGAUGAAUUACUUUAUGGAAGGGCUGGAUACUUAUUCUGUCUUCUAUUUUUAAAUUCAAAUAUAUCUCCCCCUCCUAUAGAAGAUGAGCUUAUUAAACAGGUUAUUGCACUCAUAAUUAAAUCUGGAAAUGUAUAUUCUGCUUCAAGAAAAUAUAAGACACCUCUCAUGUAUGCCUGGCAUGAUUCAGAGUACCUUGGCGGUGCCCAUGGUUUGGGUGGAAUACUAUAUAUGCUCUUACAGGCACGGCAGUAUUUAACACAGAGUCAACUGACAAGAGACAUAAAACCGGCAUUAGAUUUUCUUCAGAGUUUACGGUAUCCUUCUGGAAAUUGUCCAUCUUCUAUUGGAAGUCGUACUGAUAAAUUGGUGCAUUGGUGCCAUGGAGCGCCUGGAAUGAUUAUGUUAUUUACUUUGGCUUAUGAGAUAUAUCAGGAUGAGCAGUAUUUAAAUACUGCUUUACAAUGCGGAGAAGUAGUUUGGGCAAGAGGUUUGCUUAAAAAAGGGUGUGGAAUAUGUCAUGGAGCAGCUGGAAAUGCAUAUACAUUCUUAACCCUCUUCCAAAAGACUAAGGAUGUGAAACAUCUAUAUAGGGCUUGUAGGUUUGCAGAGUGGUGUACGGAUUAUAAAGCACAUCAGACUAGGAUUCCUGAUAGACCAUAUUCAUUGUUUGAAGGUCUUGCCGGUACUAUUUAUUUCUUGAUCGAUAUACAACAUCCACAUUUGGCAAAAUUUCCAGCAUAUACUAUUUAAAAUAAUUGCAUUUUAAAGAUUAAUACCCGUAAAUUAAUGUUUAAUUAAGAUAAAAUUAACAAAGAAUUGAAUCUAUGAUGAUGAAUAAAUUCAUUUUCCGUCUUAUAUUUAUGAUACACAAAUCAAUGUAUAGUUUAUACAUGCAUAAUAAAUUGCGACCACUCCAAAUCUAUACAAGGAA